AUACUCUGUACAAACUCUCUAGUUUUGAUAAAUAAAUGAAAUUCUGUUGAAAUUUACUUAAUUUAAUGAAUAUUUUUAAUUAUUACCUUUGUAAGUUAUGGAAACUUUAGUAAAAAAGAGACCUACUAAAAUAGAAGACCUGUCUAAGGAACAAAUACGACAAGCUAUCAUCAAAAAACGUGAGUGUAAUGCAAAGGCCCAAGAAAUUGUUGAAAGUUUGCUUGAAAAUGAUAUCACCGAAUGUUAUUUCAUACAAUGUUUGCCGGAUAUUAACCAAAGUCACUUCGAGGAUGUGAUUGAAGAGCGGGCGAUAAUACAUAUUUGUGGUUAUCCACUUUGUCAAAAUGCUAUAUCAGAAAAAGAUAUCCCCAAACAGAAGUAUAGAAUAUCAUUGAAGACAAACAAAGUGUAUGACAUUACAGAUCGUAAGAGCUUCUGCAGUAAUAGUUGUUAUAAGUCCGCUACACACAUAAAAAAACAAUUGUUGACAAGUCCACUCUGGUUUAGAGAAUAUGAAGAGAUUCCCAAAUUCCAAUUGCUCCCAUUAGAUACUCCUGGUAGUCUUGGGCAAGAAGUAGAUUUAUCUUUAACAGAAAAAAUAAAAACAGUAAAACCCCAGUUCUCUUCCAUCAAAGAGUUUGCGAGUGCUAGCCUGAAUGAAAUAACAAUCACAGACUAUGAUAAAGAUACUAAUGAAUGUGAAAAUAAAAAUGAGAACUAUACUAAGCCCUAUAUACAUGACAAUAUUGACAAAGAUGCCAAUACAAGUGAUAUAACUAGUAAUAAAACAAAAGCAGACGCAAUAUAUAAUCAUUAUCAACAAGAAAAUAAAACCACUCAAAAAGAACACAAUACAAGAUCUGAUAAUAAAAUUGUUAAGGAAUCAGCUAAAAAACCUCCAAACCCACUAAAUAUAGUGGGAGAAAUCCUUGAGAAGCCAGAGAAGAAAAUUGAUCCAAUACUCACCCAAUCACCUAAUAUAACCGUUGUAGAUGCUACCAAAAAUAAUACAAAGCAAGAUAAAAAUGUGCAACAGAAGAAACAACCAGCAGUGACAGCAUUGACAAUUCAAGUUGAAAAAUGUCUUGCAGAAUGGUUCACACUAGAUACUUUGUUAUUAUUAUUUGGUGAAGAAAGAGUUAAGGAAAUACUUGAGGACAAAGGAGAAUGUAUAAAAGAAUACCUAGACAAUUAUUCCAGUAGCAUAGCCUACAACUCAAAUAGCUAUGACCAAUAUCAAGCCCUUUGCCGCAAGUUGAACAUGCUUGAGUUAGAAGACAAAAAGUUUGAUGCUCACACACUACAGAGAGAGACAAAACCUCUGCCAGAUUAUUCCAUUUUACAAGAAGAGAGUAAAAAGAUUCAGUUGAAAGUCAAAUCAUUCUUUGCAGGUGAGAUGGAAACACCUUCAGUCACUGAAAACUAUAAUAAACCACCGCCCAUUGGAGGAGAUGAACAAGUUACACAAUUACCAUUAGUGGAUAAAAAUGCGCAGAAUGCAUUACGAAGACGAAUUGUAUGUGAACACUUGAAUAAAGCACUACCUGAUUUACUCAGAUCAUUGGGCAUGUCGAGUCUAUCAAUUAGUUCCGAUGUUCGCUUACUUGUAAACACAUUUAAAUUGAAAGCCAAUAAUAUAAUGUUUAAACCAAUUCAGUGGACAUUGAUUGUCAUUAUAGUUAUAAAAUUGUUGUCUCUGAGAGACAGAAGGCUUUCUUACUUACUGGAACAGCCAACAGCAUAUAAUCACCUUCAGUUACUGCUUUUAAGUUUCAAACAAGAUGGUGGUUACUUGGAUAGGCUGAUAUCUUGGUUAACGGAUAUUGAUAGACUUUUAGACACUAAUGAUAUGCAACUAACAAUUGAGUAAUUUUUAAUUGAUUAGUAAAUGUACUAGCAAAUUUUACUGCAUCUUCAUAUUGCAU